AAAUGAGGUUAGUGGACCAUUGUGAUAUACUUGAGAACUGAUAGUAUAUCCCCCCGUUCCGUCUUUUAAUUUUGGGAAGAUAGUACAGAAGAAAUUGCGAGAAAUUCCACGUCUUGGAAUUGGUAGAAUAGGGAUUGCUUCUUUUAUGCAGAGUUUGUAUUCCACGUGCUUAUGUCAACAUGGACAAUAAACUACGAAAGCUAAGAAUAUAACAGUGCAGCGUUUAUACAAAAGCCAAAGUCUAAGCUCGACUUUUAUUCUUUGUGUUUACUAUUCAUGACGAAUAGACACCGGUACACAUUCACAGAACACUACUUGGCACAAUACUUUACAAGCCCACGUAGACGACAUUAUAGAUCAGUUUCUCCAGGAACUUCUCAGAGCCGUUUGUAUCACAUUGUGUUUUUCGGCUCGUUUUGCUGUUCUGCUCAUCGUCAUCAAUAUAUAUGUGGGUAUCAAAUUAAAACACUGUGUUCAACGAUACCAUCAGAUCAACGUGAGCCUACUGUGGUGAAUUUCUAUGAUUUUGAAGGGUAACCGAUUGUCAUUAGCAGACAGUAUAAUCACACACAAUAAUGGCCUCGACACACUACACAAUUAUGCUCUCUGUUUUGUUGCAGUCUGAACUUCAGCAUGAAUAUUAGAGGGACGGAAAACGUGUAUGGAAUAUCAGUAUUUCACGGAUCGACGUUCAUUUUGGCAUUGCGUGGUUAAUUAUUGAUCGUGGUACUUAUACCUGCUGUAUCUAGCAAAUACUUUCGUUUGGUGGCGUUGUAAUUGCAUUGGACGUGGUAAAAAAAAUGGUAGGAAGGUGUUGCAGACGAUCGCGGUGUGCGAAAUUCUUUGCAUUAUGUCUAUUACUAUUGACUUUGAUUCCAGUCUUACUAUCAUUCACAUCUCGAGACUCAACUUUUUGGAAUCCUUACGAUGAAUGGAGGGGGUUAAGAAAGGACGAUGACAUACAUGAAAUACAGGCGGAGGAGACACUCCUCGUGGAGCCCCCGGUCCUAAGAGGCACGCUCGGGAACUUCGAGCCCCAUCCUGAAGAUGAACGUCGCCAGGGUGCAGGGGAAUAUGGUCGCCCCGUCAUGCUGAACCCCAACGAUCAGGAUAAAUAUGAUCAAAGCCUCAAAGAAUAUGGUUUCAACAUGGUCAUCAGCGACCGCAUCGCACUCGACAGGGCCGUCAAUGACAUCAGACAUGACGAAUGCAAAUACUGGCACUAUCCAAAGAAUCUUCCAAAUACGACGGUGGUGGUGGUCUUUCAUAACGAGGGAUGGUCAACCCUCCUUCGAACCGUGCACAGCGUCAUCAACACCUCACCCCCUUAUUUACUUCAUGAAAUAAUAUUAGUUGACGACUUCAGCGAUAAAACCAAUCUCGGAGCCCGACUCCAGCAAUACAUGGACGUACCUCAAUUACAGGGUAAAGUCAAACUCUACCGCAACAGCAAACGUGAAGGAUUGAUUCGAUCCCGCAUCUUUGGCGCAGAGCAGUCACGUGGUCAAGUGCUCACGUUCCUGGACGCCCAUUGUGAAUGUUCGCCAAAUUGGCUCGUCCCGUUGCUUACAGAAAUAGCCCUCAACAGAACAACCGUGGUCUGUCCCACUGUCGACUCUAUAUCUGCGGAUAACUUCGAGUAUAGAUCGCAAGGGGAUGGUUUGUGCCGGGGUGCGAUGGAUUGGGAUUUCUGGUAUAAACGGAUCCCAGUUGACCUGAGUAGACAACGAUUAGGACUCAAGUAUCAAAGUGAACCGUACGACUCACCAAUGAUGGCUGGUGGUCUGUUCGCACUCGACCGAGAGUUCUUCUUUGAGCUUGGAGGCUACGAUCCAGGACUUCAAAUUUGGGGCGGGGAAAACUUUGAAAUUUCAUUUAAGGCUUGGAUGUGUGGAGGGAGCUUAAAGUUCGUCCCGUGUUCUCGAGUUGGCCAUGUGUAUCGGAAGGGCGUCCCCUAUACCUAUCCCGAUUCAGGCGUGCCAGGAGUCAGCGUUAUUCAUAUGAACUACAUGCGAGUAGCUGAAGUUUGGCUGGACGAAUUUAAAGAAUUUUUCUACACCUCUAGACCUGAUUUACGCGGGAAACCAUACGGUGACAUCGGGGAACAAAUUCGAUUCAGGAAACACCACUGUCCCAAGAGUUUUAAAUGGUUCAUGGAAGAGGUAGCCUUUGAUUCGUUAGAGAAGUUUCCUCCACCACAACCUAAUCAGGCAUGGGGAGAGAUCAAGUCGGACCACACAGGAAUGUGUGUAGAUAGCAUGGGCCAUCAGGCAACAGCAGGAGGAGAGGCUGGUGUUUACUAUUGUCACGGUAUGGGAGGUAACCAGAGGUUUCGUCUGACAGGCCCCGGGCAAAUCAUGUUUAAUGAUUAUUGCUUCUACGUGGACGGGUCAAGGGUCAGAAUAGACAAGUGCAAUAAAGUUCAAUGGCCAUCGUUUUGGGUUCAUGAUAAGGAGAACCAAAGACUCCAGCUGAAGAACAGCAAUAAAUGUCUGGACCACGAUAGCAAUGAACAUAAACUGUUAGUGAGUGAAUGUGAUAAUGAAAGAGGCACACAGCAAUUCCAACUAAACCCACCAGAGGAAAUACAACCAAAACCAAAAGCCGCACGGUAGCACAUGCUCUUGAGGCAAUAAUAUAUAUAAUCAUAAGGUGUUUAGGUCAGCUAACUGUAGUCUGUAAGCAAAAGAGAGAAAUAGACUAUCUUUGGGUCUGUCGAUAUGGAAUUCGUAAAAACAAUAAGUAUAUAUAGCCUAGAUUAAAAGAAAGGCAGAGCAUUGGGAAAAUAAGGCUGAAAAUUAAGACCGGAAACAGUAUUAAAUAGAAAUUGUAGGUAGCUCGAUGAUUUAUUAUUUGGAGAAUGGUGAAAUUCGAUAUAAAAUAAAGAUACCAGAUUACUCCUUGAUGGUUACUGUAAAACAAAUUUCACCUUGGAAGCGAUAGGAGACAUGGUGUAUGUUUAAAGAAUAGGGACAGGGACAGGGUGACAGGGUACAAAAUAUAUUUUAGUGUCAACAACUCUUCAGUGUUACCAGUUGAGCGACACCAGUAGAAUUUUGUUUAUGAAUGGUCGUGUACAGAAGUAUAAUAUACGUCGAUUAAGUACUUUGUAAAUGUCUUUCUAUACUACGGCGCAAUAAUGUUACUUGUGAUAUAUAUAUAUACUAUGGUUGUAUAAUGCCGGAAUAUGAACAUUGUCUAAAGCCUAUUGUCUGUCCCCUCCAAAGAGAUUCAAAUAUACUUUGAUUCCAGUAACUAUGAAGGUGAUUUAUUCUACUUUAAGUAAAGUAUUGAACACAUUGGUGAGAGGUGGAAUUUAGAUUUCCAUGUCGUGAUAGAAAUAACUUAACACUUUUCUUCGUUCUUUUAUGUUCAUCAGUGUUCAUGUUUAAAAAGUGAAAAUUGAAGAAAUUUUUGGUCUUAAAACGAUUCACUCUUUGUAUCUACUUUCUAAAAGUUAGAAACUUUACAACAAACCAACCGCUAAAUUAUCUCCUUUAGAAGUAGUAUGACAAAAAUUGACAAAUGAAACUCGAUAAAGAAACUUUGUGUAAUUUCCUGUUUAAAUAUAUACACGUGUAUGUGAAAUAUACUGUAUCGAAUAAACAGUUGGUUCAGUUACAUAUUCUGUUAGGCUUCAUUCUAUCUUUCCAUUAUUAUAUAUGAUGUUAUUAGGUAUAUUUCUAAAUUUCUUAACGUUUUACAGUGAUAUAUGUUCACUUUCAAAACUAUGUAUGUUUCCAUGUCUUUCAUCACAUAAAGCAACUUGAUGUCUCAAGUUUUGAAACCUGAUUUGGCAUGAAAGAGUUAUGAGAGAUAUGUAAGUUCUGGUAUAAAGUAUUGUAAAUAAACACCUAUUCGACCAAAGCAAUAACAUUCACUAUAAAUUACGUGAUUGCUAACAUAUUUUCUUUAACAUUGGAUAAUUAUGUUAUUUAUUGUUCAUAUUAAAAUGUAUGUAUAUUAGUUAACACUGUUCAUAAUUAUUCUUAUGUCUAUAACUAAAUGCUGUUAUUAGGUAUUAUGUACCAGUGUGUGAUCUUAAUCAAUCUGAUCUUCAAUAAGGGAAUAGAAAUUAGAAGUAAAUUAGCUCACAGUAGAUCUCAAUUAUUUAUUGUGUGGUAGAAAAAUGGUAGAAAAAUGGUAGAAGCGUAGAUAGAAGAAACGAAAUCGUGCUAAAAAUCCCACUCACUAAAAGCCCAACUUAUUGAAAUCUCAACUAACAUUUGUAUUUAGAAGACAUGGAGAAAGUUACACUCUGGUAAGUCGGGAUUAUCUUUCUACGCUCAAUACUCUGCUCAUUCAGUAUUUACUCAUCCUGUAGAUAUAAUUAACUUAUUGUCCUGAAUAGUCGACGGACAUUUUGUUUGAUCCUGUUUCCAUCAUGUUCAAUCAUUACUAGAAUUCAAGAUUACGUUUCAUAAUGAAAUAGAGAAUCAUUGAGAUAGAGCACAGAAUAUGAAUAUCUGGAAGAAUAAAAGGAGACGCUUGUUUACUGAUAUUUUGAGUUUUAUUGCAGAAAAUAUGGCGAUUUUUAUAUUGCAUUAUAUAAUUAUACACUCUAAAAAAAGGGAAUUUCUUCUGUUUGGAGCCAGAAGGGCGUUAAUUCAUAUAUCCUAGAGUUAAUGCAAUUCUGACUCUAAACAUACUAAUAUAUCAAACAGUCAUGGGUUGAAAUGAGACAUGCAUGUUCGUUUUAUAAAAUGCUACCGAAUAUUUGGAAAAUUUUUAUCCAAGAAACAUGGUGUUUAAUUUUAAAGCAAAAAUUGGCAACACUUUAUCUGGCAAUUAUUUUAGUGUAAUAAUUUGCAUUUGAGCAUUAUCACGAAGACAUUCGAUGCAUUGUAAUAAUUAUAUCUGCGUAACAGUGGUCUACUAUAUAAAUAAUUUAGAAUUAAUAAAUAGUAAGUCAAUGUUGACACAGAAAAAUAAAGUACAAACGCAAUGCAA